AUGCAGGCGCGCAUGAAGUUUGAAUGUGCUGAUCAAAUUGUCUCAAAAAUGUCAGUACCAAAGACUAUGCGAGCAAUUCAAAUCAAAGAUGGUAAAGGACCAUCUUCUUCAUUAUUCAUCGAUGAAAAUGUAAACGUACCUGUUUUGGUCGAUAAAGCAGAAAAGAUUUUAGUCAAAGUGAAAGCUUUUGGAUUGAAUCGAAUGGAUAUCUUGCAAAGAGAAGGUAAAUAUCCUUUACCACCAGGAGCAAGUACGAUUCUUGGCGUGGAAUUCUCGGGAAUCGUCGCCGAUGCAGGCGCUCAAGCGGACUUUAAAGUUGGCGAUGAAGUGUUUGGUUUGGCAACGGGUGGUGCAUAUGCGGAAUUUAUCGCCGUUCCGUCAAAGAUGGUUCUGCAUAAGCCAAAAGAACUUUCGUGGGAACAAUCAGCCGCCAUUCCAGAAAAUUUCUUGACUGCCUUCCAAGCCUUGACGAGAUUAUCAAAUUUGGAAAAAGGUCAAGAUGCCAUGAUUCAUGCUGGUGCUUCAGGUGUUGGAUUGGCAGCAAUUCAAAUCGCUCGUGCGAUUGGUGCAAAAGAUGUUUAUGUUACCGCAGGUUCAAAAGAAAAAUGUGACUUUUGCAAAUCCGUUGGUGCAACAGAAGGAAUCAAUUAUAAGGCCUGCGAUUGGCAAACUGAAUUGGCAAAGUUAACCAAAGAACAAGGUGUUGACGUGAUCAUGGACUUCAUUGGUGCUCCUUACUUUGCACCCAAUCUAGCUUCCCUUAAACGAGAUGGUAGAUUGGUAAUGCAAGGUGGAAUGGGAGGUACAAAAGUGAAAGAAGUUGAUGUUGGUGCAAUUAUUUUCAAGAGACUCAAAAUCGAAGGUUCUACAUUACGAUCACGAUCAUUAGACUAUCAGAGUAGCUUAGUUCAAGACUUUGUCAAAUUUGGAGGUCUAGAUAUGAUUGUGAAAGGGGUAAAGAGUGAGAACAAAGGUGAUCAAGGUCAUCAUCUGGCCAUUCACAAAGUCUUCUCGUGGAAGGACAUCAAAGCAGCACAUGAUGAAAUGGAAGCAAACAAGAACACAGGCAAGAUUGUUGUCACUGUUGAUUGA